UGUCCCGGCUCGCGCAGGGGUUUAAAGCCCGAGCGGCGUGGGUUCCCAGACUGCACACCUGGAUGCUGCGGGGCGGGGGAGACAGGUGUGCGAGCCUGCGAGCUCUGAUUGGCCGUCCGUGUCGCGCCUUCCUUGAAUUGCUACCUGCUAGGGCUGGCCCCGCAAGGCUGGCCCUUCCUCACUUGCGGCUAGCUUUCCUUGUCCCUGCAGGAGGCGGUCCACGAGCUGCUGUUGCAGGCCGGUGGAGUGCUUGCGGGCCCGGCGUCCCGCGGGGAAGAUGAACGGUCCCAGCUCCAGGUCCAGCCACCUGUCGCAGCCCGUGGUGAAGAGUGUGCUGGUGUACCGCAAUGGGGACCCCUUCUUCGCCGGGCGCCGUGUCGUCAUUCACGAGAAGAAGGUGUCCAGCUUCGAUGUCUUCCUCAAGGAAGUGACUGGCGGUGUGCAGGCGCCCUUUGGGGCGGUUAGGAACAUCUACACCCCGAGGACGGGCCACCGCAUCCGGAAGCUGGACCAGAUAGAGAGCGGGGGCAACUAUGUGGCUGGGGGUCCGGAAGCUUUCAAGAAACUCAAUUACUUGGACAUAGGCGAAAUCAAGAAAAGACCAAUGGAAGCUGUCAAUACUGAGGUGAAACCGGUCGUCCACAGCAGGAUCAACGUGUCUGCCCGCUUCAGGAAGUCGCUGCACGAGCCCUGUACCAUUUUCUUGAUUGCAAAUGGAGACCUCAUAAGCCCGGCAUCUCGCCUCCUCAUCCCUAAAAAAGCUUUAAAUCAGUGGGAUCACAUACUACAGAUGGUCACAGAAAAAAUAACUCUUCGGAGUGGGGCUGUCCACAGGCUAUACACGUUAGAAGGAAAACUGGUUGAGAGUGGAGCAGAACUGGAGAAUGGGCAGUUCUAUGUGGCCGUUGGCAGAGAUAAGUUUAAGAGACUACCGUACAGCGAGUUACUAUUUGACAAGUCAGCAAUGAGAAGGCCUUAUGGUCAGAAAGCUUCUUCACUACCUCCCAUGGUUGGAUCCAGGAAGUCUAAAGGGGGCGGAAAUUAUCGGCAAUCUAAGUCAACCAUCGGCUCCAGUGAUAACUCAUCUCCUCAGCCUCUGAAGAGGAAAGGGAAGAAAGACUCAAACUCAGAGAAACCCACGAAAGUGAAACAGAGUGUGAAGUCCAAGAGUUCCCACCAAGCAAUCCCAGACAGUGGUGAAGGCAUUUUCAAAGCUGGAACAGAGAGAUCUGAAACAAGGGGGGCAGCAGAAGUUCAAGAAGAUGAAGACACCCAGGUUGAGGUUCCAGUGGACCAGAGGCCAGCAGAAAUAGUUGAUGAGGAAGAAGAUGGAGAGAAAACAAGCAAAGAUGCCAAGCAGAAGGAAGACUUUUCAGCAAUGAAUGGUGAGACUGAAGACAGAGGGGGUAGUAAAGCGGCUGAUGCCCAUGAGCAGGAGGAGGAAAUCCCAGACCACGGGGAGAAGAAGGCAAGCCCCUCUCGGGUAAAUGGUGGCACGGACGAAGAGAAUGGGGAGGAACUGGACCAGGCUGCCGAGGAGCUUCAACCAACAGUGGACGAGAAAGGAAAGGCUGAAGGAGACAACAGUGGGCAAGAUGAGGCUGGUUUGGAUGCUCAAAGACCACCAAGACCAGAAGUGACAGUCACAAGCCCUCAAGAAAAUGAAGAGAAUGAAGCAAACAAGGCCUCCUCUGCUGUGGCAUAGAUGGUUUACAGCAGGGAAUAUGAACGGUGUGAGAGGAUGCAGAGCUAUACGUAAUACUUGAAUAAUGAGCACAGCAUCUCUUCAUGUAGAAUGUGGCAAUGUGGUGGAGGCCUACCUAUUGCAUUUUAAAAAUAGUAGCUACAUGAAAGGAAGGGUUAGGACAUUUGUAACUCAAUAACUUAUGCUUAUGAUAGGUGUUUUAAAAAUUCUUUUAGAAGAACAAAAGAGAGACAGAGGGAAUUUGCACCUUAAGACAGCAGCUGGCUACCUGUGUUUGUAAAGGGGAAAGACAUGGGCUAGCUCCCAUUAGAUACUUUAUUAUAGACUUGGAAGCAAGAAUACUGGCAGCUUGUUCUAAAGCACUUAUCUAGGAAUGUAUAGACGUUUAAAGAAUUGGUAAUAGGAGAAACAUGUAUUAUGUUCUUGAAGCAAUAAACUGUUGAUUGAACAAAUUGCAAUUUAGUUUCAGAGAUAAUUUGGAGAUGACAAUAGAUCUGAACACUCUGAAGCUGGUGACAUUCCUUUCUUCCUCCAGCCAAGGUCCACCAUGGGCAAAGUCAAAACACGGCCCAAGGUGUCACCUGGUCAGAGGAAAUGCUUCUAGAGGGCCUUGGUGAUUCAUGUCAGGUGUGUUGGAUGCGACUGGCAUACUCUCAGGCAGGACCAGAAAGUAUGAUCUAGGCAUCCUGUGGUUUUUUCCCACUGGUCUGUUUUCACUGUGUCUGUACCAGGAACAAAGCCUUCCCUUCUCUUAUGUGCUGUUGGGAAACCCAAUAUUGGUUAAUAUUAAAUUCUUUUCAGGAUUUAAAAAAUGAACUUUUUAUUAAACACAAAGGAACAGAAAAGGAAGCAAAAGCAGAACAGUUUAUGGCAAUCCAAUUCCUUAGCUACUUGCUCUUUGCUGAAAUGACUGUCAUGGUUGCUUAGAGAUUAUGUCCAUCUGCCCAUCUACUCAUCCAUUUGUCUGUUUGUCCAUCCAUCCGGACAUGUAUCUCCUAAGCUUUUAGACUUUCAAGCAGACUUUUAGACUAUUUUAGCCUUUCAAGCAGAUUCUCUCUCUCUCUCUCUUAUAUAUAUAAAUAUUUCCAUAGCUCCUGAUUUCAGUUUGUGGAUAGAUCAACUGAGGUUCAGAUGAAGGAAAAGAUAAUUAUGUUAGUUUGAUGAUCAUAGUAGAGGUGAUAUCUCUCCACAUAAAUACAGAAAUAACAUGUUUUUCUCACUUUAAGGAAUAUAUUUUUACUCAGAAAAUGCAAACUGGAAGAUUUUAGAUUGUAGUGCCUUUGUAAGAUUCAUUACUAUUGUAAGUCUAUUUUCCCGUCUAGAUUUCACAACCAACCAUCUGGGAACAAAAUAGUUGGGAGUUAUAUAUACUAAAGUAAUGUAGAAAAUAGAUGUAUUUUCCCCCAAAGCUAUUUUGAUUCUUCCAUAAAUAGAAACUAUGAAGAGAGCUUAUGACAUCACAGUUUUGGAGGGAGAUCAUGACACGGGGCCUGGGAAUCCAGGAGGAUGCGCUUUAACUGGGGCACAGUCUGGGCUGUGCUUUCUGUGCACACUUACUUUUACCACACACGGACUGCCUGAAGCUAUCUUGCACUGUUAGGAAAACAGAGAUGUUCUCCUUCUGGUGUGACUUUCCAGCAUCUGGGGUUGAAGAUUCAAGUAUCUUACAAAAGCUGAAUAUAAGAAGUUUUAACUUAGCCUCAAACUGCUUCUCUUUCUCACCAUGAAGGGUGUGUCUUCUUAAGGAAGCAUCACUCUUUGCAUGCACCCCCCCCCCACCCUGCUCCUUCACUUCACUGUGGCACUUGGGUUUUGUGGGCUCUCUUGCCAGCUGUCUUAAUGAGGAACAACACUGAUACUUCACAUGAAAACCAAACUCUGAGAUCUUAACAUUUCAAGAAGGUUACAGGCAUAGCAACAUAGAAAGUUCUACUUCUUCUGUACUUGCAUGGGACCCAAACAUGUGACUCAAAUCACAACUAUCUCCAUAUACUGUCUAGCCAAACAUGGAAUCCUUUACUGGGGACUAAAACUGUAGGCCUAACUGUGAAGGUGACCUUUAUAGAAGUUGAAGUUCAGUUCACCUCUCAAAAGUGUUGGUCUCCUCUGUGGAAAUUGGGUACCAAUGACAGACUAGGGACACAUGUUAAGUGAGACUUACUGACAAAUUUGGGAAUUACACAUAGAGCAUAUGAAUGAGGGCUUGGUGAAGGGUCAUGUGUCAUUCAUAAUGAAGGCUCCUGGAUAUAUACCUGCAACUCCUUGCUUUGAAGUGUCAGUUCUUUUCAACUUCUUAGUUUUAAUUUUAUGUCACUAAUGCCUUAGCCACAUUUCAAUUUUAAGGACACUUAGGAUCAUCUGCUGAUGGAAUUGGAACAUUGGUAGUUUUGCACUUGUCUAGAAGUGACUUUGACUAAAGUCACCUUCAGAUGAGAGGGAUGUGUUGGAUGCUUUGGCCUGUGUUGAAGCCACUGUUGCAUGCCCAUCAACUUCCUGUUACCAUGACUACAGGGCAGCCCCCUACUCUCUGUGUUUUCCUGGGGCCCUGGGAAUACUUGUUAUUUAAGACAUUUUUCUUGCAUUCUAUUUUUUAAGGUCGGAAUGCCAGACUCAUAGGAAGAGCAUGAUAAGGUCAUGCAUCCAGUUAAAGUCUAAAGGGUGAAUUCUUGUGUGGUGUCUAAUGACAUUACCACAUCAGAAGUGAUGCUGGUAUCUUUCCUAGGGUAGUCCUAGGGCAGGGCUGAAACACUAGAAACCUCAGUUUUCUUUAGGGGGAUGGCAAGAUGGUUCAGCAGUUAAAGUGCCUGCUAACAAGCCUGAGUCCUAUGCUGUGACAUGUGCAUACCAAAGUCGUCCCCAGCACACACACACACACACACACACACACACACACACACACACACACACACACUCACAUACACACAGAGUUAAAUAAAUAAGUAUAAAUGCUUUGUUUUCUUCAGGCGAACUGCCUUAUACACAAAGGAUGAAUUUACCAAAGUCGUCCCCAGCACACACACACACACACACACACACACACACACACACACACACACUCACAUACACACAGAGUUAAAUAAAUAAGAAUAAAUGCUUUGUUUUCUUCAGGCGACCUGCCUUAUACACAAAGGAUGAAUUUCACUGGUUUAGAGAAGAUAAUGUGCUUAAAGCUGUGGCUGCUGUCGGGCACAGAUGCUGUAAUCCCACAACUUGGGAGCAGGAGGUAAAUCAAGAAUUAAAGGUCAUCCUUGGCUAUAUAGUGUGCUUGAGGUAACAUGAGACCCCUGUCCCCCCCCCCAAAAUCAACUGACCAACCAAGAAAUCUACCUACGUACCCACCCCAAGCUAUAGCUAAACUUGCCACCACAGAGAAAUAGGAAGGUAUAUUCACCAUGUAACCAGAAGGCAUAUCUGUGAUUCUAACGUGUCUUGUAAAGAAUCAACUCUACAUUUUUACUGCUACUGUUAAAGCAGCAAAAGCAAAGUUAAAGGGUAAAUUAAUCUGUGAGGAGAAAACUCCCCAUCUGAACUGGCGCCAAUCAGAAGGAAGCAUAACACCCAGUGCACAUAUCUAUCAGUACUUCCAAGGGUACGCUCGUACACUCUCAGGCAUUAAGAAGGACCUCCUCACUGCUCUGCACAGAGUAAGGCUCUCGAAUGGGGAGAAGCAGAGCUAACAGUGUGAGAGCAAAUAGUAAGAGACUACUGUUAUAUCAGCGUUAAUAUUGCAUUACUGGGACCAAGAGAUACAAUAUAUCUCCCCAAUAAGACAGUUACCAGCAUCACUUAAAGUAAGCAUGGUGGCACAUGACUAUUACCCCAGUGCUCUAGAGGUAGAGGCAGAGGGGUCAGAAGUUCAAGGUCAUUUUCAGCUGCCCAGUAAGGUCCAGGCCAGUGUGAGCUAUAAGAGACCCAUUUAAAAGAGAUGCUAAAAUUAGAUUUAGUUACAUUUUUAAAAAUGAGAGAUGCUCACCUUGUUGCCUGAACUGAUGACAGGCAACAUAAACAUAAGGCGUUUGCUUGACACAUACCCUGGUAUAUAGACAGGUCUGGCUUUUGCGUUGUAUAUUUUGUCCCAUCAAGUUUGGAAGUCAGGAGGGGAAUGAAACAAUGUCCCCGAAUGUUGAGCAAGAAAUUCAGCAUUGUUUUAGAAGAGUCAACACCUGAAAGAGAUGUGCAAUUAGGAAAGAAUUAAAAAUAUUAAUUAAAAAACACUUAUAAACCCUGAGGGGACCAGUGGAGCUCUGUCCGGGAGCCAAUGGCUGCCUAGCUUCGCUCUGAAAAUGUGACCAAAUGAGUUCCACGCAGCCUUACCCCCUUGAAGCGCAUGGUUUAACUGACUGUUUCAGUUACUGUCAAAAAGGAGGGGGAAGGGGUUCUGGUCAGCGUUAGAGGAUUGCAGGAAGCUCUGUUGCUUUUCUGUUCUCUUUGCAGUCAACAUUGCUAACGCGCACAUAGUAAUGGCUAAUUUCUCAUGCUCUAUAUAGAGAUUAAAUUAAACUCAGAGUUUCUGUAGCAUUUGUUAUAUUUAGAAUGCCUUUAUGUAAGGAAAAAUAUGCAUUUUGAUCAAAUUAUGGGAGGUGGCUUUUAUUUCUGUAUCCAAGCACGUUCUAAAGUGCUCGUACACCUGUCCUGUCCUGUGAGUAGAUGGGUGCUUUAUGUAGUUAACAUCCAUGUUCAGCAUUCCCAUGUGAUACCGUGUUGUUAAUAUUUCAUGUGUGAAUCCUUUUUGUAGAUUUUCCAUGAACGGGAUAGAUAGGGGUCCAGACGCAUGUAGACAUUCAGCUCAUUUCUUUAUUGUACGAGAUAUUUUUAGAGAACCACAGGUUCCAAGGUUUUUGUGAUGCUCAUGGCGUGUAUUUUGU